GAGCCAAGCCGGAGCAUGCGGGGCGCAGCGUGGGCGGCCUGGGGGCGCGCGGGGCAGCUGUGGCCGCGGCCUCCAGCCCCGGGCCCGGGCCCGCCUCCGCCUCCGCCGCUGCCGCUGCUGCUGCUGGCCCUGCUGCUGGCCGUGCUGCUGGGCGGCGCGGACGCGCAGUACUCCAGCGACCUGUGCAGCUGGAAGGGGAGCGGGCUGACGCACGAGGCGCACAGGAAGGAGGUGGAGCAGGUGUACCUGCGCUGCGCGGCGGGCGCCGUGGAGUGGCUGUACCCGACAGGCGCGCUCAUCGUCAACCUGCGGCCCAACGUCUUCUCGCCCGCCCGGCACCUCACCGUGUGCAUCAAGCCCUUCCGGGACUCCUCGGGGGCCAAUAUUUAUUUGGAGAAAACUGGAGAACUGAGACUGCUGGUCCGGGACGGGGACGGGGGGCGUGGCCAGGUGCAGUGCUUCGGCCUGGAGCAGGGCGGGCUCUUUGUGGAGGCCACGCCCCAGCAGGACAUCGGCCGCAGGACCACGGGCUUCCAGUACGAGCUGACCAGGAGGCACCGGGGGCCGGACCUGCUCGCGUCGUCGGCACCGUGCCGCCCCUGCAGUGACACCGAGGUCCUCCUGGCCGUCUGCACCAGCGACUUCGUGGUCCGAGGCUCCAUCCAGGACGUCACGCACGAGCCAGAGCUGCAGGAGACGGCCAUCCGCCUGCGCGUGAGCCGGCUGUACCGGCAGAAGAGCCGGGUCUUCCAGCCGUCGCCCGACGGGGGUGGCCUGUGGCAGGGCCACGUCAGGACGCUGCUGGAGUGUGGGGUGCGGCCGGGCCGCGGCGACUUCCUCUUCACGGGCUACAUGCGCUUCGGGGAGGCGCGGCUGGGCUGUGCCCCACGUUUCCAGGACUUCCAGAGGAUGUACAGGGACGCCGAGGGGAGGGGCCUGAACCCCUGCGAGGUCGGCGCGGAGUGACCGGGCGGGCCGGGGGCCCCUCCCGCUGCACACGCCCUGGGGGAGCCACACGCCUGGCCCUGGUGUGCCGGCCGCGGGGCCUGUGGGGUUUGGCCCCGGAGGACCUCAGAUUGGAAAAGCUGUAAAAUGAAAACUAAGUUAUUUUUUGUUUUUGUAAAAAAACGAAUGUCCAUAGGAAACAGA